AGUAGCGGUCGUCGGCAGCGCUGUCUCCUCCCCGCCGCCGCCGUCGCCAUGGCCGCGCCGGCCCCGGCCCUCAUCUCGGUCUUUUCGAGCCCGCAGGAGUUGGGCGCGUCGCUAGCGCAAUUGGUGGCUCAGCGGGCAGCGUGCUGCCUGGCGGGGGCCCGCGCCCGCUUCGCGCUCGGCCUGUCGGGCGGCAGCCUGGUCUCCAUGCUAGCCCGCGAGCUGCCCGCCGCCGCCGCCCCAGCCGGGCCCGCCGGCCUCGCGCGCUGGACGCUGGGCUUCUGCGACGAGCGCCUCGUGCCCUUCGAGCACUCCGAGAGCACGUACGGCCUCUACCGGAUGCACCUGCUCUCCAGGCUGCCCAUCCCAGACAGCCAGGUGAUCACCAUUGACCCCGAGCUGCCCGUGGAGGAGGCGGCUGAGGACUAUGCCAAGAAGCUGAGACAGCUGCUCAUAUUUUCUGAAAACUAUCCCUGUGUGUCCUUUGAGGCCUCCCAUCUACCUCGCAACCUCUCUCGACCUUCUUCUCCUCCUGCCAAGGCCUUCCAAGGGGACUCCAUCCCGGUUUUCGACCUGCUGAUCCUGGGAGUGGGCCCAGAUGGCCACACCUGCUCACUCUUCCCAGACCACCCCCUUCUGCAGGAGCGAGAGAAAAUUGUGGCCCCCAUCAGUGACUCCCCAAAGCCACCUCCACAGCGUGUGACCCUCACACUACCUGUCCUGAAUGCAGCCCGAGCUGUCAUCUUUGUGGCAACUGGAGAAGGCAAGGCAGCUGUUCUAAAGCGCAUUUUGCAGGACAAGGAAGCAAACCCGCUCCCGGCUGCCCUGGUCCAGCCCCACAGCGGGAGCCUCUGCUGGUUUCUGGACGAGGCGGCCGCCAGCCUCCUGACGGUGCCCUUCGAGAAGCACUCCACCCUGUAGCCGCCCGCUGGUUGAAGGCUGCUGCUGGGAGUGACCCGGCCUCCAGCCCUGCCCUGGGGGCUCGGCCUGUGGGCCACGGUUCUGGGCAACCUGGACAUUAAAAGGUGUGUUGCUGGAA